CAUUAGAUUCGAAUGCAAAGCCAAAUCAUAGCGGCCAUAUUGCUCUUAGCUCACCGAAGAGUACGCUCUUCCUAUAGCUUUGUAUGAUUUCGUUAUACUGACGUGAUAUAACAACUUUUUAAGGGAGGUGGCAGGAGAACACCAAAAUGACGCAAUACCUUCCGCCAAACUUAUUGGCACUUUUUGCACCAAGAGAUCCAAUUCCAUAUCUAGCACCUGUUGAUAAGUUAACAUGGGAAAAGAAAACAGAUGGGUACUCUGGUGUGGCACAAUUGAUACAAAGAUUUGAGGAUCCUAAGGAUACUCCCCCUCCAACAAGGGUGGAAACUCGUGAGGAACGCUUGGAGCGGAAGCGGAGAGAGAAGGCCGAACAGAUGCAAUAUAAGUUGGAACAAGAAAUUGCCCUUUGGGAUCCUCACAAUAAUGAAAAUGCAACCAGUGACCCAUACAAGUCACUAUUUGUUUCACGGAUCAAUUACGACACAUCAGAGUCCAAGCUACGCAGAGAAUUUGAGAUUUAUGGUCCUAUUAAAAAGAUUGUGUUGAUUCACAGUUUUAAGACGGGGAAGCCUCGAGGAUACGCCUUUAUUGAGUAUGAACACGAGCGAGAUAUGCACUCCGAUCUUCCGUGCUGGCUUGUAUGCUCACGCGACCUAUGAGCGCUCACGGCUCUAGGUUUGUAUGUGUGGUAAGCCCAACACAGGAGCAGGCAGAUUGUCCCAUAUUGUUUCCAAGGCUUUAACCUGCCUUGAUGAAAGGCUACUUUCUAAAUCAGUACUGAGUGGCUUUUUAGGGCUCGUGGCAUAUUCAUUCACCCUUACUGACUUGCACAUCAUUUUCCAGUCACUCAUAGAGGGGAGAAGUGAAAGUGACUGACUCUAAUAGAACUUGUAAAACCAUUAUACAUCAGCUGAUGCUGGAGAAAAUUCUAAUUGUCAUUAAUGAAAGCCAAUCAAGGAGUGCAAAUUAUCAAAGUUACGCCCACAUUUUUUUUUGUCACUUCAAGUUAGGAUAUUAAGACUAAAAUUCAAAAGCUAUUGAUACUGAUGAAAGCUCUUAAUUUCUUGGAAUUUGCUAUGAGAGCUUAAGGAAAUUUGAAGAAAAGCCUGAUUAUAUAGUAUGGUGCUCCUGGGUUUGUAGAGAAGGAACUGGUUAUGGUGGGUGGGGAGGAUGCAGUGUUAUUUAUGGUAAAGAGAGCUGUAAUGAAGACACUGAGGAAAUCUAUACUCGUGUUUUAGACUUUUCCACUUAAGUUCCCUGGUAGGUUGUUGUUUAGUAGGUUUUUUUAAUAGAAGUUUGUUAUCCGAUGUUUCGUUCUUGUGAUUUAUUAAGUAAAGAUUCCAUGGGCAUCUCUCUAUAUACUGAUAUUUAAGUUAUAUUUUGAUGUUAGUAAUGCACACAAGUCAUAAAUUUUCUCUUGAUAAUUUUGAUAAUGUAGUGUAGUUAAUGAAAGGGUCGCAUACUAUGUUCAGUGUCAGUCUAGAGGGUUUGAGGGAAGGGUAUCCAUACCCUGGGUAAGUUGGUAAGUUGUUUGAGAGACACUUCAUUGAGAAGUGGUUAAUGAUGCCCUUCAGUACUAAAUUAUGAGUUAAACAUUCAGUUGUUCAGGUUGUGUGGCAACUUCUGUCAUAAUAUCUAAAGCAUGAAGGUACUGGUAAGAUAGUUCUCAUUAUUCCACAUAUCCUUUAUGGGUGGGUAAAUUGAAUUAAAAACUAUACUUAGUUUGUUAGGAGAAUCUGUGCUUGCUCCUUUAAGGAUAAGGAGGUAAAACCUUCAAUUCUCUCAUUUACAAUUUUCUGUCUACGGUUCUCUGUAUCUGCUGUAUCUCAAUACAGUCUCUUUUCUUUCCUCUCAUCAUCAACCAUUUUUUGUUAUUCUCUGUUGCUCUUGUUUCUCAUUUGCUUGUUUCUGCAUUUUCCUUCUCUUUGCUGUAUUUUCUGUCUUAUUUCCUGUUUUCUGCAUUUCCUGUCACUUUUUACUGUUUUCUGUAUUUCUUGUCACUUAUUUACUCCUUUCUGUAUAUCUUGUCACUUAUUUGCUCUUUGGCAUUUUCUGUUACUUAUUUGUACUUUACCUUAAUUUCUGUCACUUAUUUCUCUCUCUCUCUCUCU